UCCUUUCUUGGCACUUGUGCUGUGUGCAUUUCCCUUUGGAAGUUCAAGGGAAUGGUUUCCUUUGUGUUUCUGCAGCCCUGGGUGGGUGUGAGAGGGGACCCUCUUGUAUUUAUCAUUUGGAUUUGAAGCUGGGAAGUGGCAAAGUUUUCUGUGUGUGGCAGUCUCCUGUUGAGUUUGGGGUGGCACAUGAGGAGCUUUUUGGUGACGGGAAGGGCCACAUGGAGAAGCAAGAUGUGGGCCCUAGUUGUGGAAAUGGAAGUGUUUCUGCUUUUUUUUUUUUAUCUGUAAGUGUGUUGUGUUGUUUUUUUUUUUUCCCCCCUGAGCUUGAUCAUUCAAAAAAAAAAAAGCAAAAUGAAGCAGGCAGGCUUGUCCUGUGCACUAGAUCUUUACACCUAAAAUGGAGAGAGGCUCUCUGAGUUGGUGAUCGACCAUGUGUAGCAGUUGUAACACCAAAGCGUGCUGUCUCUUAGUUUGCUUAUGAAGGGGUGGACUUAGAAAUUAAAGUUGUUACAGCAUCAUCUUUCUGUGAUUGGAGGUACCUGACACGUGAACUUCCUCACAUCAAUGCACUGCCAAUGGUGGUGUAAUACCAAGGGCUGUACUGCUGCCACAUCUCAAUUUUGUGGGGUUUCAGAGAGUAGUUCUGGGUUAUAUCCUUUGCUGUGACCUCAUGGUUUAAGUGGGACUAAAGAUGAGUAUAAGCAGUGAUGAGGUUAACUUCCUGGUAUAUAGAUACUUGCAAGAAUCAGGGUUUUCUCAUUCAGCAUUUACCUUUGGUAUAGAGAGCCAUAUCAGCCAGUCUAAUAUAAAUGGUGCUCUGGUGCCACCAGCUGCUUUGAUUUCGAUCAUUCAGAAAGGUCUGCAGUAUGUAGAGGCAGAAGUCAGUAUUAAUGAGGAUGGUACCUUGUUUGAUGGUAGGCCUAUAGAGUCUCUCUCACUGAUAGAUGCAGUAAUGCCUGAUGUGGUACAAACAAGACAACAAGCCUACAGAGAUAAACUUGCACAACAGCAGGCAGCAGCUGCUGCAGCUGCAGCUGCAACAAACCCACAGGGAUCUGCAAAAAAUGGAGAAAAUACUGCAAAUGGAGAAGAGAAUGGAGCACACACUAUAGCAAUUGUUUCCCAUAAUGCAGAUAAUCACACGGAUAUGAUGGAAGUGGAUGGAGAUGUUGAAAUCCCUCCAAACAAAGCAGUGGUGCUGCGUGGUCAUGAAUCUGAAGUAUUCAUCUGUGCCUGGAACCCUGUUAGUGACCUUCUGGCCUCAGGUUCUGGAGAUUCGACAGCACGGAUAUGGAACCUUAGUGAAAACAGCACCAGUGGCUCUACGCAGCUGGUACUCCGACACUGUAUACGAGAAGGAGGGCAAGAUGUACCAAGCAACAAAGAUGUGACAUCCUUGGAUUGGAAUAGUGAAGGUACACUUCUAGCAACUGGGUCAUAUGACGGGUUUGCAAGGAUAUGGACUAAAGAUGGUAACCUUGCCAGCACCUUAGGGCAACAUAAAGGUCCUAUAUUUGCAUUAAAAUGGAACAAGAAAGGAAACUUCAUAUUAAGUGCAGGAGUGGACAAGACCACAAUAAUUUGGGACGCACAUACUGGAGAAGCCAAACAACAGUUUCCUUUCCAUUCUGCACCAGCAUUAGAUGUUGACUGGCAGAGUAACAACACAUUUGCCUCUUGCAGCACAGAUAUGUGUAUUCAUGUCUGUAAAUUAGGACAAGAUAGGCCUAUCAAAACCUUCCAGGGUCAUACAAAUGAAGUAAAUGCAAUCAAAUGGGAUCCCACUGGUAAUCUUCUGGCAUCCUGUUCUGAUGACAUGACUCUAAAGAUAUGGAGUAUGAAACAAGACAGUUGUGUCCAUGACUUACAAGCACACAACAAGGAAAUUUAUACUAUCAAAUGGAGUCCUACAGGACCUGGAACAAACAAUCCAAAUGCCAAUCUUAUGUUAGCAAGUGCAUCCUUUGAUUCUACUGUUAGGUUAUGGGAUGUAGAGAGAGGAAUUUGUAUCCACACCUUGACGAAACAUCAAGAACCUGUGUACAGUGUAGCUUUCAGCCCUGAUGGCAGGUACCUGGCCAGUGGCUCUUUCGACAAAUGUGUACACAUCUGGAAUACACAGACGGGUGCUCUAGUUCACAGUUAUCGGGGAACAGGAGGGAUUUUUGAGGUUUGCUGGAAUGCAGCAGGAGACAAAGUUGGAGCGAGUGCUUCAGAUGGUUCAGUUUGUGUAUUAGACCUACGGAAAUAGCGCUACUAGUUGGAAGCCAUGGACCGACUAUGAAUGUGUACAUAGCCAAAAUGACUGUCCCUGACCCAUGUACUGCUAUAGUCCCAAUUGAACCAUGGCCAGUCCACUACAGCCAAACCUACAAAAAAAUAUAUACAUAUACUGUAUAUAAAAAAUAAAUAAAUAAAGAUUACACCCUGAAGAGGAUGACAGAGUUUUGUCACAGCUUGUGAAUCCUGUUCACCAAGUGCUGGAAUCUGCUGUGCCCCAAAAUAACAUUUACAAGUUUUGGAUCUGAAAAACAGAAGAGAGAGAGAGAAAUCUACCAUACAAAGCAGACCCAUACAUGUACCAAAUUCAGAAGAUACUAAUGGCAGCCUUUAUUCCCCCCGCCCCCCCUUUUUUUAAAUCCAUGGCCACAAUGGACUGUGGGGUUUUGUUUGUCUUUUCCUUUUUCCUUUUUCUUCUCGGUAGUUGAGCAGUUUGCGUGUACAGAGAAAAUGGACUUACAUAAACCUGCAGCAGUAGUUUGUUCUUUGCUUUUAAACAUUGGGUAUUUUUGUUUUGGUUAAGUUUAUGAAUGCAUGAAGUAAAGGAAUGAAUCUGUUUCCUGUUUAUAUUUUUCACCUUGAAACAAAAGAUCCUUUUCUAAAAAUAUUGGAACGCGUUCGUUAAAGGGAGAGAGCAAACCUGAGGAUAUUUGGUACAUUCUGUGGCUCUCGGAGCACAAUUUUCAGGUGGAAGGAGGGUGGAAAAUGGGUUACUGGGGAGAGAAGAAAAAUAAACCCACCUCUGAGACAUGAAGCAUCAUGUCCUGUUAAUCUAUGAAGUACAUCGGUAAUGGGGUAACGCUAUGGUUUUUACUGGUGACAUGGCUGAAAUGCAGUAGUUUCUUAUUUGGGACAUAAUUCUGCCAAACUGAAGAAUUAGAAGGGCACAAAAAAUAAAGAAAAAUAAUACAGGGAUGCAAAAAGCAAAAUGAAGCAUCUUCUGUUGCUUUGAGACCAUAGCUGAAUUAUGGUUAAAUUGUGCACUAUUGUGAAAAGGAGCAAAAUAUAGUUUUUGGGGGGUUUUGUUCUUUAGUUUUUGUUUUUUAAGAGAUUCAAAUCUUUCUGGACAAGGGUUCAUGCCACAGCUUCUACAAGAGUUAUCCAUCAUUGUUAGUAGGAGCUCAGAUGUGUGAUUUAACCGAAUUCCAGUAUUAAAAGUAUCUCAUGCGAUUUUCUUUAUUUAAAAAAAAAAAAAAGACUUUGGCAUAUAUUUGAUAACACUGCCAUUAAAAGGCAAAAUGUUUACUACCUUAGACUGAAAAGUAUCUUAAACAGAGGACUUGCUUCAAGUUUAUUUUAAUAGCAGUGAUUCAGCUUAUUUAAAAGAUGAAUACUUGCACUAAUUCCCCUGCUGCUCCAGUCCUGCAGUUUGUUGUAUCCUGUGACUACAUUUUUUCCAAAUAUAAGGUAGAUGUAAGCUGCUAUUUUUUUAAUAAUCACUACUAUAUAGUGUCUUUUACUCUGUUUACAAUAUCAAGUAUUUUUCUUACAGCAACAGAUGUAAAUGGCAAACCUUUUUCUGCUCAUGUGAUUAAAAGUAUACAGAUAGUGUUUUUUAUUUGUAAAUGAUAGCAUGAGGUCGUGUUUAUGCCUAUGUGUAGUUGAAAAGGUUGCAUCACGUUUCCAAGAGUGUACAUUUAUAAAAAGAGAGGUUGUCAAAUUUAUGUCACAAACAUUUUACCUAAGGAAUGGUUUAUAUUAUAGAGCUUUGCAAAGUUACUGAUUUUAUAACACUAUUUGGAUCACGAAUAAUUUUGUGGCUUAUGAUCUCUAAACUUUAACCUGUUUGUUUGUUUCUUUCUUUUUUUUUUUUUUCCUUUUUUCCCCCUUAGUUAAGUGUGCAUUGAUUUAACCCAGAUAAUGCAACUUUGACAUUUUAACAAUUGUUCUUUCGGCAUUGAUUUCUGCUGUUUCCAGAGUAUAACAUGACUUGAAGCAAGUCUGAGUUUGGCUAAGGUAGGGUAGCAGUUUGCCAGUGGUAAAGAGAAUACAUUUAAUUCCACAAUACAUUCUGAGUCCCCCAUUUGUUAUUAUUGGGGAAUAUAAUACUGUAAUACGCAGCAUUUAAAAACAAAAAAAAAAAAAUCAUAUCCAUAAAGGCAGUCAUCCAUUAGGGUUCUGUGCCAGCUAUUGGGUUUUGGAACAUAUUACAGAUGUUUAGAACAAUUACCUUGUGUUACAAUAUGUAGGAAACCUAAUAUACUGAGUGUCUGGCACUUGAAAUAUUGCUUUUAUUGCUGGAGGUCCAUGACUGUGGCUGACCUCUGUCAUUAUUAAGAAAAAAUUAAAAUAAAAAAAAAAAUCUGUGCAAUAAUUUUAAACUGUGCUCCCAGGAAUAGACACAAACGUUUUGAGUAUGUUUAAGCUGCAUUUUUCCUUUAGCAAUGCAUUUGUCAAUUGCACUGAAUUUUAAAUCUGAAAGUCAGAGGUGAUUAUUGAAAGUACUUUUGUAUUUUAAUACGGACAGUUUUAUUCAUUUUCACAAAAGUUAUUGGAUAAUCGUUUCAGCCAAUUUAAAAACACGUGGUGGAAUUCUGUGACAUAGCUACAAACCCAUACAGCCAUGUUUCAUGAUAUUGACCGUUUCUUUUAUCUCUAUCUUCAGCGGCUUAGUUGGAAUUCUGUUAGUUAAGCAUCGUAUCUCAUGUACGCAAGUAGAAAAAACAGCUUUGUUAGCUCAGGACCCUGGGUUUUUAUGUGCUUGAAACGCUUCAAGAACAUGAGUUUUGUAGGCUUGGGAGAGUCUGGACAUGUGGGCCAGACCUUGAGCUGGAGUUAAUCAACAAUAUUCCAUCGCCGCAGGGUUCUUUGGAUUUACACCAGCUGGGGUUUCUGGCCAAUAGAUUUUUUUUUUUUUUUUGCUGCUGCUGUUGUUUUUUUCAGCGUGCCACAGUGCUGCUUCUGCUCUGCACAAACCUCUUCUCGCCCCAUGUUCUAGGCAGCGUUAGCCCCGUGCAUGCGACAUGUUACAUUCUGUGGAAUAUAUGAAGUAAGAAAGAGAACUGUGAUUCUUAGACUUUUUUUUUUUUACUGCUGAGACCUGAGAUUCAGUAGAGUGAACUAGGUUGUCUUCACUGCUCCCUUUUGUUUUUACCAAAUAUCAAUAAGACCCUAAUUUUGAAAAGAAUGUGUGCUUUGAGUAGCCCUACUAAAUCAAGAGACUUGCUUUCUGAGAUUGAGAGAGAAAAACAUGCAGACGUGCUUGCAUGUAUUUGUAAGUCAACUUGAUCUCCAGUAUGGUAGGUUAGCGGGCAGAAUGUACAAGUGUGGGGGACAGGACAAAAUUCUGGGCUCCCAAUUAACAACCAGAUAAGGAAUAGCUUGCUGUCAUGUUAUCACUUUUUUUUUUUAAUGCAUCAACUUCAGGUUCUCUUGUUUCUCAUUUCUGUAUAAUUAGUUCCAGAUUUUGCCCUUUCUGUUUUUACUUUCGUUUUUCUGCAUGGGCUUAAAUUGAUGCAAAGAUCUUCUACCCUUGACUUUCUAGUUUAGUUAGGAAACUAAGCCCUUCACUUUUUGUGGUGUUGGUAAUUCAGUUUGUUUGGAGACUACGACUGUGCAGGAUUACUGGGUGCGUCUGGUGUAGGAUUAGAUUCUGGUAUGAAACACUAAAAGUGCCUCUUUUUCUGGGUUGGGGGGAGGUGAUACUUAUCUGAGUUAGAAUGACGUAAUCGUUGAAACAUGUUUCUUGAUUUUAUGACACUUUAUAUCUUGAGAGAAAGGCCAAAGAUUCGUACCAGUUUUAAUUGUCGUGGUUUUUUUUAAAGCACUCCUUUUUCCUUACACUGCUUACCUCAUGCUAGGGUAUUUUAUGAGACAUUGCUAACUUUAGAAUAGUCUCUGUGUUGGGAAGAAUGGCAGGUACAAUAGGAUUCUUGUGCCAGUUUGUCUUGGCUGUAGACCAGUCUUAAUGGCUGAUGCAUUUAUUUCUUUUGUAUGAAGGAACGUCAUGAAAACUGGGCUUUUGGGCUUGUAAAUAAAAGGCUGUGUGUUCAGCAAAACGGACCUUUUGGGCUCAGUUGUCCAAUCUUUACUCAGUCAGAAAUCCCAUUGACUUUCACCGCAGGAAGAACUUUGUCCAAGUAAAUGUUGGAGGAUUGGAGCCGUGUAAUACUGUAUGGUGUGCCACGUAGGUACAGUGGGCCAAAUCAAACUUGGGAAGACAGCUGUUGACUUGAGUGGCAGUUGUUGCCUGAGUGAGCCCUUUCAGGAUUCAGCCCAGUGCUCCUGUAACUUGGCAAGCAAUAGAUUUGUACAGACCUCUUACUACAGAAAAUGCUUGUAGAGUGUUUCCAUAAUAGGAUCAUUCACACGCUUCUCCAGAAGUCCGCAGAAAGUAGAAGCAACAUUGUGGCACGUUGGAAGCAGGCUUGGGUUGGAAGACAGCAGUAAAACUCCAUCAAGAUCCUUGGCAUUUUCCCUAAUGAGGAGAGAGAUGUGGAAUAGCCUUCACUUCCUCCUCUAGUGUGAGCUCUGAAAUAUUGCAUCCGAUAAAAGUGACUUUCUCCCACAUGAAUCUGCUUGAAGGCAGACAAAACAACCAGAAGACGCACCAUUUCUUACACAUUGAAGGUAUAGUGUUAAUUGUGCUUCAGAUCAGUAGUUUUGAAGAGGUACAGCAUUCUCUUCCUCAGCCUUCAAGUUUCCAGCGUUGAGGCUUGAUGAUAACUUGGGGCAUGGCUUUUUUUUUCUUUUCUUUUUUUAAAUAAAAACACAUUUUUACUUCAUAAUGGUUUUUGGCAUUUGUGGAUUAAUUCAGGAAAACAGUCUGCAUGUUGUUGCUAGUCCAGUGUACUUUGCAAUCUUGUUCCUCAACAGACUGCAGUGUGCAGAUCAGUAAUCCUAGAACAAAGAAGUAAUUUUUUUCUCUCUCUCCUGACAUUGACAUUGUAGUUGUAAUGGUUUAAUUUUGAGGUUACAAAUCCUUUGGGUCUAAUUCUGUGAGCCUACUUAUAGCACUGGAUUAAAAUGUCUGCAUCAUUUCUUCAGUUAUCCAGUUAAAUUACAACUGUUGUAAAAGUGUAAACCAGCCCAUGACAGUUUUUUGUACUUGUUUAAAGGACUUUUAUUGUUCAGUUUUCAUGAUUAUUGUCUAAAGAAGACUGAUAUAGAUGUUCUAUACUGUCCUGGACCAUGUUAAUUACACUUUAUGAUGUAUUUUGGUUCUACAUCAGAAUGAUUUGUCCCCAGAGCCCUUAUAUCCCUUCUAGGCACAUUUUCUGUUGCAGUUUCCCUUUGCAUUGUAUUGCUCUGACAACUGUAAUUUGAAUCAGAUCUGAAAGAGGUCCAGAAUAAAAUAUAUUUUGAUAUUA